CUUUCUUGGUCCUAGAAGACCUUGCCCCAAAAUCGAAGCCAGUGUUUAACUCUCUCGUCCCGUCAACUACAAUGGAGGCUCCGAUCAGGGCUGCACAAUUCCUGGGGUUCACUGUCUUCUUUCUUCUAUUUUGCGUCUGCAGAUCCUCUCCUUUACAUAAUCUCUUGAUCUCCAACGCCGAGCGUAGAAUUGACUUGACCUCCCACAUUGUCAAAGUUUACUUGACUUUGAAGGUCGAGAAUGCCGGUAGUACGCCAACUUCAGAAAUUCUUCUUGCUUUCCCACCCACUCAAGUUGAUCAUCUAGCAACAGUUGAAGUAUUAGUAACUAAAGGGAAGAGAAAGAAGACUACUUUAGUCCGUCUUGAUGUUAAACCGACUGAACUGCCUGAUGCACCUAAUGGCACUAAAUAUUUUACUAUUUAUUUGGCUAAUCCCUUAAAUUCCGGUGAAAGUAUGACACUAGAAGUGUUGUACUUGUUUACACACUCCCUAGAACCUUUUCCAGCAGAGAUAGGCCAAUCAGAAUCUCAAUUAGUAUAUUAUCGUGAUAGUGCGUUAAUAUUGUCGCCAUAUCAUAUUAAGCAACAAGCAACUUUCGUUAAGACACCAAGUACUAAGGUGGAAUCGUUCACAAGGGUGGAACCCACGAACCGUGCAGGCACUGAAAUGAAGUAUGGGCCAUAUGAGGAUCGUCCACCAUACUCUUUUUCUCCUAUUCUUAUACAUUUUGAGAAUAAUAGCCCAUUUCCCGUGGUUGAGGAGCUUGUUCGUGAAGUUGAGAUAUCUCAUUGGGGCAACCUUCAGGUCACAGAGCAAUACACAUUGGUUCAUGGUGGUGCUCGGCACAAAGGUGUAUUUUCAAGGGUUGAGUACCAAUCCAGGCCAACUUUGAGUGGUACGUCCUCAUUGCGAUACCUUCUGGCAAGACUACCUCCUAGGGUUCAUUCUGUCUACUACCGGGAUGAAAUAGGAAACAUCUCAUCAUCACACCUGCGUACGGAUUCCCGUAAGUCUGAACUGGAAAUUGAACCACGGUAUCCUUUAUUUGGAGGUUGGAAAACAACUUUUGUCAUCGGUUAUGGCCUACCAUUACAAGACUUCCUUUUUGAGUCAUCUGAUGACAGACGUUACCUCAACUUUACCUUUGGAUGCCCUCUUCUUGAGACUGUGGUUGACAAGUUAACCGUCAAAGUUGUGUUACCUGAGGGAUCAAAAGACCCAUCGGCUGUAGUUGCCUUUCCUGUGGAGCAGCAUCUUGAGACCAAAUAUUCUUACCUUGAUGUUGUGGGAAGGACUGUGGUGGUCAUGGAAAAGAAGAAUCUUGUUCCCUCGCACAACUCUCAUUUCCAGGUUCACUACACCUUCAAGCCAAUCUUCAUGCUUGCAGAGCCUCUGAUGCUGGCGUCUGCGUUCUUCUUGUUUUUCGUGGCUUGUGUAGCUUACCUGCACAUUGAUCUUUCCAUCCGUAAGUGAAACACAGCGGUUCACUAUCGGAAAAUUAGAAAAUAGUUCUAAAUCGUAACUCUUUAGAUUGCAGUGAUGCCAGAUUCCCUCAGGUGAGAGAAUACACCAACUCUAGGAUUAGGGCGUUGUCUUGUGUGCUAAAAUUACAAAACCUGAGAAUUUUUUUGGGACGAAUAAUAGUUUCCUAUUAUAAUAAUUCGUUUUUACAAUGCAA